AAGUUUUUGUUUGUUUGGGUGUUUUAAUUUUAUUUUUAUUUGGAUUAUAAUUCCCCAAUAACUGCGGCCAUUCUCAAAAAAACCAAAAACACUCCCUUGGAGCACAGCAGCAGCACUUGACAAAAAUCAAAGCAUUUUGGAUUCAAAAUUCGAUUCUUCGUCAACUAGAUCUAUAGAUAAAAAAUAAAAACCCUAGAAGAGAGAGCUUCAACUUCUAGAAACACGAAAUGGCGUUUUGGUGGCCAUUGAUAGUUGCUGCAUCCGCUUACGCGAUCUGUCGUUUCUUGUUAAUGCUCAUUCCUUUCAAUGUGCCGUCAAUCGACGUCGAUGCCUCUGACGUCACGGAGGGCAAUCAAACGCAAGAGAACAGCUUCAUCUAUAUUCCUCCGAGAGGAAGGGCACAGCAGUCGGAUAAAAAGGUUCAGUGUUAUGAGCCUGCGACGAUGAAAUACUUGGGAUACUUCCCUGCAUUGUCGCCUGCUGAGGUCCAUGACCGAGUGGCACAGGCGAGGAAGGCUCAGAAAAUAUGGGCAGAAAGCAGCUUCAAGCAAAGACGACAGUUUCUGCGGAUUCUUCUCAAGUACAUUAUUGAACAUCAAGAGCUUAUAUGCGAAGUAUCUUCACGUGAUACUGGAAAGACAAUGGUAGAUGCUUCUUUAGGAGAAAUAAUGACAACAUGUGAGAAGAUCACUUGGCUUCUUUCAGAGGGUGAGAAGUGGCUAAAGCCUGAAUACCGAUGUUCUGGGAGAGCAAUGUUGUACAAAAAAUCUAGGGUUGAGUUUCACCCUCUUGGUGUUAUCGGUGCCAUAGUUUCAUGGAACUAUCCCUUCCAUAAUAUCUUCAAUCCGAUGCUGGCGGCAGUCUUUUCAGGGAAUAGCAUUGUGAUCAAGGUUUCAGAAAAUGCAAGCUGGUCUGGAUUGUUCUAUUUCAGAAUAAUCCAAGCAGCUCUUGCUGCUGUGGGAGCUCCUGAAAAUCUGGUUGAUGUAAUCACAGGGUUUGCUGAAACAGGAGAAGCACUAGUGUCAUCAGUUGAUAAAAUCAUAUUUGUUGGAUCACCUGGUGUGGGUAAGAUGAUAAUGAGAAAUGCUUCUGACACUCUUAUACCGGUAACACUUGAGCUUGGUGGAAAAGAUCCAUUUAUUGUGUGUGAAGAUGCAGAUGUCUCUCAUGUUGCACAAAUUGCUGUCAGGGCUGUUCUUCAAUCAAGUGGGCAGAAUUGUGCUGGGGCUGAGAGGUUCUAUGUUCAUAGGGACAUCUAUUCUUCAUUUGUCAGUGAAGUAACUAAAAUUGUUAAAUCUGUUUCAGUUGGACCACCCCUUGCUGGUAGGUAUGAUAUGGGGGCAAUAUGCUUGCAAGAGCAUUCUGAUAAGCUCCAAAUCCUCGUAAAUGAUGCCUUAGAGAAAGGAGCAGAAAUUGUUGUUCGUGGAAGUUUUGGCCAUCUGGGUGAAGGUGCAGUUGAUCAGUUCUACCCUCCCACCGUGCUUGUAAAUGUUGACCACACAAUGAAACUGAUGCAAGAAGAGACUUUUGGACCAAUUAUGCCGAUAAUGAAAUUUAGUACUGAUGAAGAGGCUGUCAAACUUGCAAAUGACUCAAGAUAUGGGCUUGGCUGCGCUGUUUUUUCGGGUAGUCAGCGCCGAGCUAGAAAGAUUGCUUCUCAGAUACAUUGUGGAGUUGCUGCAGUUAAUGACUUUGCAUCAAAUUACAUGUGUCAGUCCCUGCCAUUUGGUGGUGUGAAGCACAGUGGAUUUGGCAGAUUUGCUGGUGUGGAAGGAUUGCGGGCUUGCUGCCUUGUGAAAUCAGUUGUGGAAGAUAGGUGGGGGCCAUACAUUAAAACCAAGAUACCAAAGCCUAUCCAGUAUCCUGUUGGGGAGAACGGCUUUGAGUUCCAGCAGUCUCUUGUAGAAUUACUCUAUGGCUUGAACAUACGGGAUAAGCUGCGAGCGCUGGUCAAUGUUUUGAAGAUGAUGUCAGAACAAAACUCCAGCAACAGUAGGAGUAGAACUGAGUAAGGGUGAUCCUUGAAGAAUGGGGACUUGUUCAUCUGUUUCACCAACACGGAUGAUCUUUUGUGAACUUGACUUCCCAUUGUUCAUAAUUGCAAGUAUCAAGAAUCCUUAAUCCAGAACUUCUAUUUGAUUUGGAAAUCAAAAUGCAGUUCCAUCUCAUUUUCAUGAAGAAACUCGUUACUUUGUUAUGCUAAACUUUGUUAACAAGAGAAAGCAGAAGAAUUCUGAUUCA